CAGCGCGCCUCCCUCCACUGCACCAGACUGCCCUGACCUUUGGAGAGAGACAGAACCGUGUCUUGUGACAUACGCAGACUCAACAUGGACGUACACAGAGUAUCUCAGCACAGCCAAAUGGAUUAUAACUUCGACAACAUGGAGCCCAAACACGGGAAAAUGUUGCCUUGCCAAGAGGAUCGUUUUGAUUCCGGCCUGGACUCCCUGAAAGAGGACGAGCUGGUGAACGACUUUGAGGACAUGACAGUGAACGCGAGCCAGGACCUCACACAGGAAUACGAGCCUUGGAGGACUGCAGUUACUGAAGAUGGCGACACACUCCUGCACUUGGCCAUUAUUCACGAAGCCACAGAACAUGCCUUUCAGAUGAUCAAGCUGUCCUUCAAUCACUCCUUCCUCAAUGUACAGAACCACCAGAGACAGACUGCGCUCCACCUGGCAGUGAUCACAGAGCAGCCUCAGCUAGUGGAGAAGCUUCUGAAGGCCGGCUGUGACCCGAGGCUAUCUGACGACAGUGGGAACACAGCUCUCCACAUUGCCUGCAAGAAGGGUUCUCUCGCCUGCUUUGGAGUCAUUACCCAGCAUUCCCAACGCCACCUCAGCUCCAUUGUGUCUUUCCCCAACUAUAAUGGACAAAACUGCCUCCACUUGGCAUCCAUAAAUGGCUUCAUUUCAUUGGUUGAAAGCCUUGUUCGGUUGGGUGCUGACAUCAACGCACAGGAACAGUGCAGUGGGAGGACAUCACUCCAUCUGGCUGUGGAUCUCCAGAACCCAACACUGGUCCGUCGCCUCCUUGAACUUGGCGCCAACGUAAACUGCUUCAACUAUGGCGGUUUCACACCAUACCACCUCACUUAUGGGCGUCAGAAUGAAGAGAUCCGCUGCCAGCUUUACGAGAGGACAGAAGAAGAACUGAGGGCGCUGCCUGAGAGCGAAUCAGACGAGAGCGAUAUGGAGGACCUGGAUGUAUCUGAUGAUGAGCUGUAUGACGACAUAAAGUUUGGAAAAUAAACACAACCAUCGCUCCUCUGGUGGUGUGAACGACAGAUAAGCUGCUACAGGGUUGCCCAGGAAUAAAGAGGGACUUAUCAGUACAAGUCCCCCGUCCAGGUCCAGGUCCAGGUCCAGAUUGAAAGAGCUGGCCCUGGGAUCACAAUCAUGAAUGAAGAUGGCGUCCAUAAUGGUCAAGUCCGGUCUGGAUCAUAGAACGAUCUGAAACCACAAUACAGCAAGACCGUGACCUCCGUGUAGUUCUUCUAUAAACUGUAGAAAGUUAUAUUGAUGUGUAAAUAUGUGACAGUUGUAAUAUAUUGUAAAUACAGAGAUAUUAUUUUUGUACCUGUACAAAUGUGUGAAUUUAAACACUAUAAACAGAAAACUGAUAAGAAUAAAAAUAAGUUUAUUGAAUAUAAA